AAUUACUAGAAAAUCAGUUUGACAACCGUCUAGCUACGUCAGCAGACCUGGCUAGGCUUUCUUUUCAGUUGCUUUGUAUUUGCUGCGCACCUUGCCUUUCUUGUCGAAUGUUGCCUUGAAUCCUGAGGCGUGCGGAGGUACGGGGGUUAGGGUUAAUGCCGCGCGGUGCUUCUCUCGCUCCUUCUUUCUCGACCAGUACUCUCGCUAUUUAUUCCCUUUCUGCAGCAGAAUCCUUCCUAUAUACACGGACUGGUUCCGAAUAUAUAUAUAAUAACCUCUAGCAUAUUGAUUUAUGCUGUGCGAUAGUUUGCUGCGAUGCGACGAAUCUCGUAUCCAGCGACCAUCUUUGCUGGCGACAUACGCCGCCCUUCCAAACCACGAAACAACGCAUAUGGCUGUGCCAUCUACCGUGCUCGUCGGUAUGGGUUCUACUACGAGUAAUCUACUACCGGUGCGAGCGGAGUCGCCGCGAGGGUUGAACAGACAUGAAUAUCGAGAUAAUGAUCACAAUAAUGACAGCGAUGCAGACAGCAGAACUACAACAACAUCAAUUACCUCAGCAGUACCGACUACAUCCCCGGAUAGUGAUCCCAGUAACCAAUAUAUUCUAUCGCCUAGCGUGAAUGGCGGUCAGAAGGCCGGGUUGAUUGUCGGGUUGACUGUCGGAUGUAUUCUUACAAUUUGCCUGUUCCUGUUACUAGGUGUACGACGAAAAUAUGGCCCGGACUAUCGCUCGUGGCCGAUUCUAUCUACUCGAUCGGGUAGGAGGCGAGAUAUCAGCAGUAGCAGGAACGAGUUUCACGAUGAGAUGGAAAGCAUCAAGCCCGGAUUCGUGAAUGAUAAUCGGGGACAUCAUGAUAGUUGGUUCAGAGAGGAGAGUUUUGACUACGAGGGAAGGGGCAAUACGGCGAGAAUGAACGGGCAAACCGGUUCAUUGCCGAAACUGGCCAGGUUGACGGGGGAGCCAAAUAUCGUGGAGAGGCAGGCGUUGAUCUCUCAGCCAGCGCUGAAAGAGAAUGCAGCGACACGACCAGCUCGUGGGCCGGAUUCAAGUUAUUAUGGUACUACAACUUUGAUUCUAGAAUCCGAGGAACUCUUGAGACCAGUAUCAGAUACCCUUCCUGUACAAACACCAGACCUAAUCUCACCACGUACCGUGCUACCCCCGCUUCCACAGGAAGAACCACCACGGCAAAGGCACAGCAAACAAACGACGAGGAUACACAGAAAAUCACAUCUUUCCUGGAGCAGCACCAACACCUCUGCCGAGAAUAACCCUACCGCUGCAAUAUCCGCACCACAAACGUCAGGGGCGUCCUCGCCAGUCACGAUUCCAUCAUACUACAUUCCAUUCUACCACCAAUUCAUAUCUCCGCCCGUCUCCCCAUCUGCAGAGCCGGCUCGCGAGACCCUGUCGAGUCGGGAUAGCGAAUUGUCCCAAUACAAGAGCAUAGGGAGCUGGGCUCACUAUCAAUCGCAGCGCCGACAACAACAACAACAAAACCAGACAUACCAGCACCAACGGCAGAAGCGGGAAAAGAAAUCAUUUAUUGAUUCUAUCGAUGAGCUUGCCAUUACAUCACCAAUAUCGCCUACCUCGCCAAUGCAGUCUGAGCUGGUGCCGGGAAGCCAGAAGAAAUACAUGUAUUCGGAGAAGCAUAAACACUCGUCGUUGACGAGUGUCGAGACCCUCCUGGUAUUCAGACAGCAUCCCGGCACUGAGGUGGAUUUUGGGCCCGCGAGUAGGAAGGGAAGGAUACGGAGUUCUCUUCUGAGUCGGCUCAUGAGGGAGUAG